AUGAAUCCUGGAAGGGGACUGGCCGGGAGUCUGCGACUGUUCGUGCUUCUGCUGCUACGACCGGUCCAUGCCGGAUGGCUCAAAGGAGCAGCGGGUCUGAGCUGCGAUGACGCAUGCGCCGCGGAAGGUGGGCAAAUUUGUAGCCAGGAGGGAAACCGACGGAUCAACUUCGACUACGAGAUGCAGUAUUUGAUGGAGCUCAACUUGACCGACUGCGUGCCCGACCAGGAAGGUGAGGAUCCUUUUCGCGUGGUCACCGACACCGGCUCGGCAUUCUAUCCGCUGCAGCCCUUCAGACUUGAGAUUCCAGGUCUUCCGGAAACUGCGUGCUACAUCUUCGGUGAGGGCAGCACCUGCGAUUCCAGCAAUGCCCUUGCGCGCCGCAUCUGCUGCUGCGUUGCCCCGGGUGGCGGCGACGAUGUGUCAACGGAAUGCUUCUUACCGACCACCACGUCAACCACGAUCUCUAUGACGACAUCAAAGACAACCAGUUUCACAGAAACCACCACGCAGACGACCACCAUCUCAGUCACUACGACGGCUACAACAAGUGCGACCCACACUGCGACGGAAACUACCACGUCAGUCACGCAAACAAGCAGUAUAACUGUGACGUCCUCUACAACGACGACCAGUCGAACUUUCACGACAAGUGUGACGACCACGAGCCAGACAACAUCAAUUUCCUCCACCCAGACUGCAACUACAACAUCUGUGACCCAGACCUCAGUCACGAUCUCUACCACACGAAGCUCGACCGUCACGAUGACCUCGGCGACAUCAACGUAUACCGGGACAUUAACAGAGACGUCAACGGAGACCACGACCACGGGGACCGGCACAACACGCACGGACACAACAACAAUUUCCAUCACCACGACCUUUUCCACGAGCACCACGACAGCCACCACCACGACAGUCACGCCGAGGGCGAACACCGACAUUACCCGGGAUGUGCCACUGGGAGCCACGCAGAUCGCGGUGGACAGCACCUUAGGCUUCUCCGUCGGUGAUAUUGCCCUCAUUAGAAACAGAGAGGCUGUGGAGAUCAUCAACAUCACCUAUGAGGUCAGACGGCUCGAAGCCGUCGAUGAGGGUUUCUACUCGGAGGGGGAUGAGAGCGAGGAGGCAGCUUGGCGGCGCCUGAACGUCGACCUCACUGUCGCGAUCCUCGACGUCACGCCGCCCGUGGAACGCGCCUACCCGGCAGGCACCCGGAUCAUCAACGCCGGCCCCGCGAUCUCCUACACUGGGAGUGAUCCGAUCACUUUCUUCGGUGGGCAGAAGUUCAAGUUCUGGUUCCCCUUGCAUGAGGAGAUGCUCAUGCUGCAGACGCCGGAGCUACGAAUUUAUGGCCAGGUCUUCCCAGGACCUGAGCUGGGACUGCAGUGGUUCGGGCACCUGCGCGUGCUGCGCACGGAUGGCACGCCCGUGACCCGGGCGUCUCGGCUGAGGUAG